UGUCACCUGGCACUCGAGAAGAGGUAUUCAUGAUUUGAAAGCUCCCGCCAGCUGAGAUGACGCGCUCGAGUGGAUAUUGACGAGUUAUUGCGCUUCGUUUGUUUGAUGAACCUGCGUCGUCCGAUACGAGAGUUCGGCUGAAAAGCCAUGAAAGCUUAAAAAGAAGCAAGAAGCAGGAAAGAAAACAACAAUUGAUGCCCAUUCUCCUUCCUCCCGGAACACUUUCCAUCCGCCAAGCCCAACGGGAUUAAUAAGAUUAACAAGACGUGCCUAGUGUGACUAGGAGAAAAGCAAAGCAAAGCUCACGGCACAUAGCAACCGACGAGGAUAAGAACUUUAGAAGAGGCGCAGGCCUCUCGGCGGCUCUCAUCCUCACCUAUCGCGGCACGACCCCACUAAAUCGUUAAUUACGUGGAGGUGUGGGUGCACGCAGCUACCGUGGACGAGGAAGGAUCCCCAAGAAACCGUAUCCGUAAUACCUACCUGACCUACGGAUACCUAAUCGCAAUCCCAGGCACACGCUUUCACCUUUUCGUGUCUCUCUUUCUUUCCCUCUCUUCACCUCCAUUCCUCGACACCUUUUCCACUCCUUCUUCCUCUUCGACCGAAUCUUGAGGGAACAACAUCCGACUCAAUCGUAAUUCCUCUCUCUCGACCCCUCGGUACACCGUCAGCAUGGGCCUCCACAACCCGCUCCCGUCGUCUAUGGCGUCGGAAUGCAAAAAGUGCGGCAAGAUCCUGACGUCGUUUAUCGACCCUCGUCAAGCCUUCAGCCCCGACAAGAUUAUUCCUCCCUCCGUCCUCGCCAACGCGAAGGGUCUUGCGAUUCUCACCGUCCUCAAGGCCGGUUUCCUCGGUUCCGGUCGCUUCGGUAGCGGUCUCGUCGUCUCGCGACUUCCUGACGGAUCAUGGAGUGCGCCAAGCGCUAUCGGUACGGCAGGUGCGGGAUUUGGUGGACAGAUUGGUUUUGAGUUGACCGACUUCGUCUUUAUUCUCAACGAUGCGAGCGCCGUCAAGACCUUCGCGCAGGCUGGUUCGCUUACGCUUGGUGGAAACGUUUCCAUCGCCGCUGGUCCUGUGGGCCGCAACGCCGAGGCCGCCGGCGCCGCUUCCCUGAAGAGUGUUGCCGGCAUCUUCUCCUACUCCAAGACCAAGGGUCUUUUCGCUGGUGUUUCGCUGGAGGGUUCCGUUAUUAUCGAGCGCCGCGACGCCAACGAGAAGCUGUACGGCACCCGCUACACCGCCGCCCAGAUCUUGACCGGCAGCGUUCGCUCCCCACCCCAGGCCGCGCCCCUGAUGAACAUCCUCAACUCCCGCGCCUUCAAUGCCGGCCGCACUGGUCAGGCCAACGAUUCCAUGUACAACGACAUUCCCGUUUACGACCAGGGCCAGGGUCAGGAUGAUUGGAACGGCAACAACAGCCGAGAGUUUGGAAACAACAACCGCAGCAGCGUUUUCGGUGGUGGAGAUAGUGGCGCCAGCGAGUUUGGAGGACCCAAGAGAUCCAGCACAUGGCAGGACGACGUCUAUGAUAGGCCUGCUGGAGGUGGUUUUGGUGGAGUUUCGCGUUCGAACACUGGAGUCUCACGCUCCAACACAUUUGCCUCAAGAGGCAAUGACGACUACGUCUACAGAGACAACCCAUCGCCCAGCUACGGCCUCAACGACCAGAAGACGGGUCCUCCUGGUAGACCGGCUGCUCCCAAGCCGAACUUCACUGGCAAGGCGGCCAUGCUCAAGAAGAACGAGGCUGUUGCGCUUUUCACAUUCGAUGCCGACCAGCCUGGUGAUCUGGGAUUUAAGAAGGGCGACGUUAUCACGGUGCUGAAGAAGACCGAGAGCGAGACCGACUGGUGGACCGGCAUGAUUGGAACGAGACACGGCAUCUUCCCCAGCAACUACGUGAAGAUGCGUGAGUAAGCUGAAUCGACGGCUCGAACGCGAACCUUGUGCAAACCCGAAUACCCAAAUGCUUUCCAUUCAAAGCAUGAUCGAACCAAAAUGCAUACCUGAUGCAGGUACACAGGGGAUAGUGGAGGAGAACAAACGUCACCACAAAGAUCCUACUGCUUAUUCAUGAUACUCCGGAUGGUCCUUCCCCAUCCUGCUUUCCAACGACGUCCUUAAUGAUAACGACCAAACCUCGUUUUAACAAGUCCUGGCGUUUGGAUCAAGGAGGCGCGGAAAGAUAUUUCUUCUUGUUUAGUUACCUCACAGCAUAAACGUCCAUCAUAGGCCAUAGGCUUCAGGAAAACGAAAAGAACAUCUCGUCUUAUGACAUACUUCAUCGCAC